AUGGGUUGGUUUUUUUAUUUUUUUAAUUUACAGUAAAGUCUCUAAAUUUGUGGGAGAAAAAAACUUUCAAGAAACUCAUUUUUAAAAGAUUCCUUAGAGUUUUUGAAAAAGGGUUAUUACGCUGAAUAAUCAAAUGUUUGUUGCUUAAAAUUACUAAAUAGCUUUUUUAAUAUUUUCAACAAAAAAAAUCAUUAUGCUUACAAAUAUCCUAAUUCAAGCAAAAACGGAAUGAAUCAAUAACUAUGACGCACUUUGUGAUGAUUCAUAUCAUUUUUUCUGAGAUUUUCAAUUAGCACAAGAAUAUUUAUUGUCACAAUGUUAACACUUUGAAAAAUUCAUAAUUUGUUUUCAGGAAAAGAUGUCGUGAUCCUCAAGGAAGGCGAGCGGAUUUGCGGAACCGGCGGAUCGAUCGCCACUGUCCCGAUUGUCCAAAAUAAAGCUUACUUCCAAGUUACCAUCCAGCAAACAGGUUUUUCCAUUCUAUAUAGCUUUCUUUCAACUUAUGCAGCUAAUAAUUAGUUUGUGUUUUUUUCAACUCCUUUUUUGGGUGAAUAUUCUUUUUUUGGAAUUUAUAGACCGUUUGAAUUUUGAUAAUUGGUAGAUUAAAUGUUUGAAUACUUAGAGGGAAUUUAGCAGUUUAAGCUACAAUAUUAAUUUGAAGUCUCAAAGGAAUGACUUUUCUUUUUGAAAACUUCUAAGGGAUCAAAUUCACAAAGUUUUGUGUGUAAGACAAAAUCAAGCAAACCAAAAUCGUCAAUUUUUCUUUUUCAUGAGUUUUAUUCAUCCAGGAACCUGGGGAAUUGGUCUCGGACAUAAGCAAACACCUUUGGACGACGUCCCGCCGAAGGAACAAUUCUGGGGCAUCGCUGAGAACGGCGACAUGAUUUGCGAUGGCGUCGUCAAGAUGAAACUGCCGAAAACCGUCGAGGAGGGCGAUACUGUCGUCAGUUUUUUAUGCCAAUGAUUUUUCUUUAUACACUUUUCGACGGAAAUUCUUGACAGAAAAAUCAAGGAAUUCUUGGACUAAAAGAAAACUUAUCUUAAUAAGCAUACUAAUGACGUUAAAAAAAUUGAAAGCUAACCCAACUUUUUUUAACGUUGUGAGACAAUCGCCAUGUGUCACAUCAUCAAAGUUUCUCAGUUAGAUUUCAGUUGGACUCCGAAUGUCGUUGCAUUUUGCUAUUUCUUUUUUAGCGGUUAGAUCAACAAAAAAAUUUAAAAGUUAAGCGCUAUUAAAGGAUCAAGACCCCUCGCAAUUAUUAAUCGACGCGAUGAAAGGCUGCGUUUGAGGGGCGGAGUCAGCCGUUUGACAUUUGAAACCUGAACUUAAAAGGAGCCUUCUUAUUAAAUCAAUUCGAGUGCGGAGUAUCUUCAUGGUCAAUCCAGGAAAACUUGAAAGUGUAGAAAAAUCGAUUGAAGUUGUCCGUUUUUUUUUAGUAGGAAGGAAUUUCCAAAGAUUGAAUUUUUGAAAAAAAUCUAUUUGCGGAUUCUUGUCAUUUUUUUAUGUAAAAUCCCAAGUUCUGCACUUAUUCCGUAGCGCUAGGAGUUCCACAAUCAGUUAUGAUUGUGGUUGUAACAAGAAAAGAGAGCAAACGCCCGCUGGCUGGUUUUUUUUUUUCAAGAGCACAUGUUCACACAACAACUUCUUUUAACCUUUCGGGAAUUUUUUUGGGUUUGAUGAACGGCCGGCUACAAAAUGGCUUUGAAAGACAAUUAGUAGCUUUUCGAAAUAUUUGAAAAAAAUUCUCAUAGUCUGUUUUUUUGAUUUGUACUCCAUUCACCUAUAAAAUUAUCGAGAUAAAAUUAUAUAAACCUCAAAAUUGAGGCGCAAAUACAUACGGCCGUUUGAUAAAUUUUGCUCAUUUUUUUUUCUUUCCUGUGUGAAGGCCUUUUCGAAAUGUUCCGCAAAAGUUCUUCCUUGAAAACCUAGGGAUAAUAAAAUUCAGGCCAGAAAUCAUGGGAAGUUAAGAAACAGCUUUCCUUUGAUUUUGGAAGGAACUCUUUGAAUAAAAAAAUAGAGUGAUUAAAGCAAUGAUAAAAGUCAAAUCCUUAUCAGCAUCGAUUUUCAGGGUGUUUGCUACGAUCACGUCGAACUCACGUUCUUCAUCAACGGAGUACGUUGCGAUGACACGCUGACUGGUAUCAAGGGACCUGUAAGUUUUUUCUUCCGUCAUGGCUUAAAAGGAAAAAAAUGGGAGUGAAACUGCAAAGUCGGGUUGGCUUUAAGGUUUAAUCCUUGAAAGACUCUUCUUUGGCGAGCAGUUUCACAUUUGAAAAAGAGGGGUUGAAACUGCAAUAAGAUUUUAAACAGCCUGAAUAGCAGUACGAAAUUCAUCAGAAUGAUUUUGAGUCCUUGGAAUGGUUUUUUCUAAAGUUUUAUUUUCAAUGAGAAAACUUUUUGAUUUAUCUCUAGAAGGUUGCUGAUAUUCAACUUAAUUGAAAAUUACUCAAAUUAUGUUUUUCAGGUCUACCCAAUGCUCUACGUCGACGACUCGGCCAUCCUAGACGUCAAGUUCAAGAACUUUUCCUACGAUCCUCCUUCGGGCUUUGGCGAGAUCCUGGUCGAGCAAACUCUUCUUUGA